AUGGCGUCGGCCAACACUGCUUCUAGUGGUGGCAGCGACGAAGCGAGGUACCCACUGAACGUGGAGUCGUACCGCCUGCUGUGCAAGAUCGGGAGCGGCGUGAGCUCGGUGGUGUACAAGGCCGUGUGCCUGCCACUGGGCUCGUCGGCGGUGGUGGCCAUCAAGGCGAUCGACCUGGAGCGAUCGCGCGUCGACCUCGACGGCGUGCAGCGGGAGGCGAAGGCCAUGGCGCUGCUAUCCCACCGCAACGUGCUCGGCGCGCACUGCUCCUUCACCGUGGGGAGCCACCUGUGGGUGGUGAUGCCCUUCAUGGGCGUCGGCUCGCUGCACUCCAUCCUGCGCCACGGGUUCCCCGGCAGCCUGCCGGAGCCGGCGUUCAAGGACAUGGUGUCCGCGUGCCUCUGCCAGGAGCCGGCCAAGCGGCCGUCGGCGGAGAAGCUCGUCCGCCACCCGUUCUUCAAGGCCUACCACCGCCGCUCCAGUGACUUCCUAGUCCGCCACGGCCUCGCCGUCGUCCUGAGCAUCGAGGAUCGGUGCAGCAAGGACGACGACGACGCAGGUAGUGAUCUCUGCGGGUGUCUCGAUGCCGGGGGCGGGGCACGCUGUGUGUCGCUAUGCCGCCGCCACACCGACGACGUUGUCGUUGUUAAGAACCGACGGAUCAGCGGCUGGAACUUCAACGAGGACAACCUAGAGUUGAUCCGACGACCGAGGACCCGGCGGUGGAGAAGAGCGGCCGCAUGGGGAUCACGAUCAUGGGAAGGCGCGGCGGAGGCGAUAGGUCUUAAGGAGCAGCAGCAAGUGGUGACUCGGCAGCUGAUGGCCGUCCUGGAGAGCCUGGAGAUGCAGAGGGACAUGGUGACGCACGUGUUGCAAAGCACCGCCGGCCGCUUCGAUGACAUCGAAGUCGACGGCGGCAAUGGCGAUGCCUGUGGCGUGAACGCGACAGCUCCAAGUGAGGAGGAGAGGGAAGAGAUACUGCUUGGGUAUGUCCGGCAGCUGGAGCACAGGGUGGAAGACCUGAGGAAGGAGGUCGAGGAGGAGAUGGCAUGGAACGCCCGGCUGGAGAAGAUGCUGCAAGAGAGGGUUAUCAUUAGCGACGAUGAGAAGAAGAUAAACUCAUCUCAUACGUCGGCUGGGUAUAGUUAG